CGGCGGCAUGUCGAUCGGAGAUUGUGAAACAUAGGUCAAUGUGCACAGCACGUAACCUAUACUAUUCAUUGUGUAAUCACGUGAGUUUCUUGGAAUUCCCAACUUUUCGUUUUAGUAUUAAUGUAUGCGUUACACCCAGUUGUUUUUGUUUAUUUAUUGGGCUAUUUACGGACUUUUCUGUGUUAUAAUCUUCAUUGAUUAAUGCAACAUAAACAUCAUGGAUUAUUCGAAGUUUACCGAUAUAGAACAAAGACUAACAGAUUUUCCAAAUUCCUUUCAACUUGACCAGAUGCAUCUGGUAAAUACCAAACAACGUCGAAGUCUCCUUGACAAGAUGCUGGAACAACGUGAGACGGAAGACAAUGCGAGUCCAAUGGAACAAAACAGGAACGAUAACUUUGCUUCUUUCCUAAUGUUCCUGUUAAAUGAUUAUGAAAAGGCAAUUAAGAAAAAUGCGGACGUCCUCCAGAGAGAUUCCACGAAUAUUGUAGCGCGUGCAAAUCGUGUGCGGUUUUUGUACAAACGCGAUCUACCUACAGCAGAGGAGAAUCUGAAAGAGCUUGAAGAAAUGAAGAAAAGUUCUUCUUAUGCAUGGAUUCACGCAGUGGCGGAGGCGGAAGUAGCGUUCUGUUUGGCUAGUACCUCUCCUCCCUGCUACUUCAGAGCUGUUAAGAUCUACAGAUCAGUCAAUGACAGGUAUCCGACUGAAUAUCUGUGGAAGUUUGGCGAGGCGCUAACCAUAAGACGCGGAAUCACUCUCAACAGCUGUUCAAAGGAACUUUUACGUGACAUUGUUACAAACACAGUUCGCUGUAUCAAACUUUUUAUGGAAAUAGCUCAAAAGGCUGAAAAACCUCUAAAUGCCAAGGCGUGGGUUCAACUUGGAGAAAUAAGUAACUCAGUCAGUAAAGUAUUCCCACCAUUUAACAAAGAUGUGGUAAAAGCGGUGAAGAGUAAGACACACAUUUUACCUGUAGAAGAAUGCUAUGAGUGUGCGCUUAAACUCUGUGAUAAGGACGCAUUUGUCCUUGGAAGAUGUGGCACAUUUUUCCGAAAGAUUGGGCAGCUGGGCAAAUCGAAAACAUUGCUGGAAGAAUCAAUUAAACUUCAAAGAACAAGUUACACACAUCAACAUCUUGCUCUAACACUAAAGAAAAUGGCCGAAAAUAACUCUAGAGGUACCAGACAGUUUAGACCACCAUCAUUAGAUAGGAGCAACAUUCCAGUCUGGUUAAAAUUUGCAAACCAGCAUUUGAAAUUUUCUAAAGACGAUCCAGACAUAAAAUCCGCAAUCGACCACUUAAGUAAAUCAGCUAAAAUAUCCCAAGAGUGUAACAUUUCAGCAAUUCACGAACUGGGCAUUACAUAUCUCCAAUUAGAAGACUACGCAAACGCCGAAGAUACUUUCAAGAAGAUAAUUUACAGUUAUGACACGCCUGGCUCACCAGUAUUCACUAUCAAUGCCUACGAACAGACUGGACUCUGCUGUUUGCAAAAGAGUGAAGAGGCGGGAAUAUCACAGAACAAGAAAGCUGCGUUAAUCAAGAAAGGGAAAUUCUUCCUCACCUCGGCAAUAGAGACUGCUGCAAGAGUUGUUUCUGAAAUCCAAAAUAUUCAUCUGACAGGUUACGAAGACAGCGAUGCAUUCAAAACCAUUGCAGAUAUGUUACAAAGUGAGUACGAUUCCUCAAAGAAAACCACGAAGCUGAAGGAAAUGGCUCGCCUCUACGAGCUCGUUGGUAAGCACAAGGAAUCACUGGAUAUCUGUCAGAAACUAUGUCAAGAUCCAGCUGAAGCUAAGAACGCAGAGAUGUCGAUACGCCUUAUUGAAAACUAUCUUAAACUUAAAGACUACGACAAUGCCAAGCUGUGUGUGAGUCUCCUGCUGUGUACGCAUCAAGCCACAGAUGUUCCUCGUGAUCUCGUGAACCGGGUCUACUUGGAAACAGCGUUGCACAUUCUACAAGAAGGACAUGGACCGCAGAUGGCACACGACUCGUUUAGGAGAGCCUUUGAGUUGAAGUACGGGGCAAAGAAAACACAAGAUGCUGAUGGCUUUGAUGUGAUGAUUCUCUACGAUGAAGGUAACACAGAGACGUUUGAAACCUCACAGAGUAUACAGAAGAUUCUGGACACAUACACAGGGCUCAGCAUCACUAGAAAUCUGGAGGCAGCCUUUGGGGCCAAAACCGAAAUAAGUUCUUACGAACUUCUUAUUGGUAGUGUACAAGUUCUUGUGAUUGUCUUGAACCCGGACCCGCCAGAUAAGCAGUGGAAGUACUGGAUUGAUUUAGCACUAACGAUUGCCAAAGACAGAAAGAACAUGGCGAUCAUCUGCUUAACAACUGGAAGUGACCAUCCUGUCACGGCACUACAGGGUUUUAGAACAGGACGAACACCGGCUGGUGAUAAAGACCACACGUGGCUGUUGGACGUAUUUCGACUUAUGAUUGACCCUUAGUAUGUGAACAACAGCGAAAGUACAAUCUUCAACACCAGAAAAAAUAUGGCGAUCGUCUGCUUAACAACUGGAAGUGACCAUCCUGGCGCAAGGUUCAAACCGUUUAACACAGGAAAAACACCAGUUAACGAUGAAGAUCAUCACACUUGGUUACUUGACGUUUUCCGCUUAUGAUUAGCCCUUGAUAUGUAAGGCGAGUGGAGAAGGUGACAUUGCGACAACCCAGAAAAAAGUCUGGUAAAUGGUCAGUUUACCAACAUGAACGUAAAAGAUCACCAAGAAAUGUUAAACUUCAUCAACGUUUAUUUAUAGCCAAUGGAUUUUAGCAGGUUAAAGGCAUACUGUCACAGAUUUAAGGACCUUAUUUCUCUAAAAAUGGAUAAUAAAUAAAAAUUACAUUAAUUGUUGAAAACCAAAUCUAGCUAUCGCAUCACCUUAACUGAAUUAUGAU